GCAAAACGUCAACAAAGGGAAUAUUUUCUCUCAAGGCUAUAAACGGCGAAACGUUGUUCCAUUUGUUCGCUGAUCUUGCCCCUGUGUUUAUGUCAUCAUUUUAGCUGCCAUCAGUGUUUGUUACACACAUUUCUUCCAAAUGGAUCCAUCUGUUUUGACGACGUUGAAGAUUUUGAUUACGGGCGAAAGUGGCGUGGGUAAAUCAAGUCUGUUACUACGGUUUACCGACGACACUUUCGACAAUGAACAGGCAGCAACAAUUGGAGUAGAUUUCAAGGUUAAACUGAUCAAUGUUGAUGGAAACAAUGUGAAGUUGGCCAUAUGGGAUACAGCCGGUCAGGAGAGGUUUCGAACAUUAACACCUAGCUAUUACAGAAAUGCUCAAGGAGCCAUUUUAGUUUAUGAUGUCUGUAGUCGACAGUCCUUCUCCAGGUUAGAUGCUUGGUUUGAUGAAUUGGAAACAUAUGCUACCAAUACAAACAUUGUUAAAAUGCUGAUAGGCAACAAAAUUGACAAGGACCGAAGAGAGGUGAGCAGAGAAGAAGGUCUUAAGUUUGCAAAAAAGCAUUCUAUGCUCUUUAUUGAAGCUAGUGCCAAAACUAAAGAUGGUGUUCAAAUGGCUUUUGAAGAACUCGUCCAGAAGAUUAUUCAAACGCCUGGGCUAUGGGAAGCUGACGCUACCUCUCAAAGAGGCUUAUCCCUCUCCGACAAAACUGAAGCUGGCCAGUCUUGGUCAUGUUCUGGCUAUUGCAGUAUGGUAUGAAACGUGAAUGGGGGGAAUGUAAACGUCUUUCGUAAUGCGAGCACUUCUUGAAGUUUAUCACGAGACGUUUCUAUUGCGCCUUUGUCCAAUAUUUGACCAAUAUUAAUGGUUAUAAGUAAUCUUUUGGCGUCAUGCUUUAUCGCUAGUUGUAUUUUUCAGUCAAAAAAAAAUGUUCUUGUUAGGAAUCGGUUUCCCGAUAUUAUUGCGAAAAUGCGUCUCAAAUUUAAUACAUACAAAUUUCAACGUU